AUGAGCUCGGAGCAGCAGGAGGCGUUUGAGACGGCGCUGUUGGAGGACUUUGCCUCGAUCGCGAAGAAGCUGUCCGAGGUGGAUGUGCGCAAGGCGGAGUGCCGCAACCCGAAGGACACGGAGCAGAUCCUGGGCGAGCUGGAGCGGGAGGUUGGCCUGACCGAGUGCAACAAGGCUGUGUUUGGGUUGCUGCGUGGGGCUCUGCCUCUGGCGGGGCAGGGGAGGGCGGCGCUGGAGCGGGUGGAGGCGGCGGAGAGGGCGACGUCGGCGCUGAUCAACCAGCUCGGUGCGCUGCUGAAGAGUCAGGGCGACCUGGACGGCGCGGAGGCGCUGUACCGCGAGGCGCUGGAGGCAAAGCGAGAGACGCUCGGCAAGAAGGGCGACCUGGACGGCGCGGAGGCGCUGUACCGCGAGGCGCUGGAGGCGAAGCGAGAGACGCUCGGCUACAGGCACCCGAGCACGCUCCAGUCGAUCAGCAACCUCGGCGCGCUGCUGAAGGCCAAAGGCUGUGCCGGUGGAGAAGGCUGA